AUGGAAUUAGAAUUAAAAGAUUUAUGUAAAGGAUUACCUAGUGAAUUUUAAAGAUAUUUAGACUAUGUUUACAAAUUAAAAUUCACAUCUACACCAGACUAUAAAUAUUUAUUAGAUUUAUUUUAAAAAAUAGCUAAACAGAACAAUAUAAGUUUUGAUAGAAAAUUUGAUUGGAUGGAUAAUUAAACUAGUUCUACUAAAUCUUCAGAUUAAGCUUAAUAAUCAUUUAAUGAUAUUGAUAUAUCCAAUUUAUAAAGUGAUUAUCUCAAAAUAUCAGAUUUAAAAAAGAGUGAAAGACGUAAAUCAUAUUAAAUAGAUCAAAAUUCUUAAUAAUCUUCAGUGAUUCUUAAUUAUGCUCCAUCGAUAGUAUCAAAAAAUAAUAUUAGAAAUUUUUAGAGAUCUCGAUAAAAUUCUAAAUAAUCUUAUUCCAGAGAAUCUUCAUUAAUUAAAUAACCAUUUGAAUCUAAAUUUCAAGGACCAUUAUUUCAAAAUAGAGAAUUCAGAGAUUUUGAUGAUCUUGAAAAUAAAGAAAAAAUUAAUCCAAUUAAUUCAAUCAAAUUUUCUGAUUUUGAUGAUUUGGAUGAUGAAAUGAAUGAUGAUUUAUAAAUUCACUAAGGGGUUGGAAUUAUAAAGGUUCAUUUUAAGGAACAUUUAUCGAAAUAAUGA